UGUGUUCACUUAUGACACACCGACUAUCCGGUAUCUGUCGAAGGAAAAAAAGCGAUUCCCGGAAAUGACGACACAAGCAGAAAAGGAGACGAGCUGGUGAAUGAAGAAGGAACUCUCUACGUAAUGAAACAACCUGGUGCUUAUUCAUUCUUAUGCCACGCGAUCUUCAGUGUCAUCGAGUGAGAGCCUAGCUCGUAAAAGUCGAAGAAUUAGCUGUCCAAGGAGUGGUCUUUCCGCAACGUGUGCGAGCCUGCUUACUUGUGACCCGGGUGGGAUAACGGUCUGAGGUCAUAGAAAGCGAGGAGCUUCCCAUAUGUGUGUGACGAUGGGCGACAUCAGCGACUUGGACCGACAGAUUGAACAGCUCAGACGCUGUGAACUUAUUAAGGAAAAUGAAGUGAAAGCACUUUGUGCCAAAGCAAGAGAGAUUUUGGUUGAAGAAAGCAAUGUCCAGAGAGUUGAUUCACCGGUUACAGUUUGUGGCGAUAUACACGGCCAAUUCUAUGACUUGAAAGAGCUUUUUCGAGUUGGUGGAGAUGUACCAGAGACAAAUUAUCUCUUCAUGGGUGACUUUGUAGACAGGGGCUUCUACAGUGUGGAAACAUUCCUUCUACUUCUUGCUCUUAAGGUUCGUUACCCAGACAGGAUAACUUUGAUUCGGGGAAAUCACGAGUCUCGGCAAAUCACCCAGGUCUACGGUUUUUAUGAUGAGUGUCUCCGCAAAUACGGCUCUGUCACAGUUUGGAGAUACUGCACUGAGAUAUUUGAUUACCUGUCCCUCUCUGCUAUUAUUGAUGGCAAGAUAUUUUGUGUGCAUGGUGGCCUGUCUCCUUCCAUCCAGACACUGGAUCAAAUAAGGACGAUUGACAGAAAACAGGAAGUGCCCCAUGAUGGGCCCAUGUGUGACCUGCUUUGGUCAGACCCAGAAGACACUACAGGAUGGGGGGUGAGUCCAAGGGGUGCUGGUUACUUGUUUGGUAGCGAUGUGGUGGCCCAGUUCAAUGCUGCUAAUGACAUUCACAUGAUUUGCCGAGCACAUCAACUGGUCAUGGAAGGCUAUAAGUGGCACUUCAAUGAAACUGUGCUCACUGUUUGGUCAGCACCCAACUACUGCUACAGAUGUGGUAACGUGGCUGCCAUUUUGGAGCUGGAUGAACAUUUACAACGAGAAUUCAUCAUAUUUGAAGCAGCGCCGCAGGAGACCAGAGGCAUUCCAUCAAAGAAGCCAGUUGCAGACUAUUUCCUGUGAAGAUUUUUUUCCCCCAAGCUUAUGUGGCGCUGGACAGGAUGUCCUGCUUCUGGGCAAUUCAGAACUCACUGCAGUUUGACUGGAAACCUGGAAAUCCCAUUAAUCUCUGGCAAUGUCAACUUCAGAUCAUUUGUUCUUCUCUCAUACCUCUUUUGCUCUCUUACUCUGUAGUCCUCUCCUCACCAAGUUUAUUUUCAAGCUAGCAUGUAAUGAGCAUAUUUUUUUCCAGAAAAAUACUCCGGUAGGUUAUGCAAUUUAUUUUGUAAGAGCUGGCCAAAGCAAGCCACUGUAUUCACUAUUGUUUUGUCUUUUUCCUUUUUAAUUUUCAAUUCUUUAGAUCUAUCCAUUUUGAUAUUGUGAUAAUAAAGUUUUUGUAUUAUUGCA